UCGAACGCUAUUUAUCAGCUGUUCAAUAUCAAAAACUUCUCCAAAAUAAACAGUUCCAUUUAUUUUUAAUUAUUCAGUGUUAUUAUAGUGAAAAUGGGAAAUCAGCUGGUAGGAAUAGCCCCCUCGCAAAUAUUUCCAGUCGAGUGGUACCUCAAGGACCAUCCAGAAUUGAAAUUCGACGCCAGCUUGGGAAGCACAAGAUUUCUUAAGGUUGCUCGUGCAGAAUCUCAAGAAGGUCCGGUAGUAGUAAAAGUAUUUGCAAUACAUGACCCAUCAUUACCGCUUCAAAGUUAUAAAGAUCAUCUAGACGAGAUACGAAAAAAGUUAUCAAGUGCUGUUAAUUGUACCCCUUAUCAGAAGUUUAUAUUAACAGAAAAAGCUGGAUUAAUUAUGAGAGAAUAUGUUAAAUACAGUUUAUAUGAUAGAAUUAGUACCAGACCAUUUUUGACUGUUAUAGAAAAAAAAUGGAUAACUUUUCAAAUUUUGUAUGCUUUACACCAGUGCCAUAAGGUUGGGGUAUGUCAUGGCGAUAUAAAGCUAGAAAACAUCACAGUUACAUCAUGGAACUGGGUAAUGUUAGUUGAUUUUGCUUCUUUUAAGCCAACAUUUUUGCCUAUCGAUAAUCCUGGUGAUUAUUCAUAUUUUUUUGACACAUCAAGAAGAAGAACAUGUUACAUAGCUCCAGAAAGAUUUUCAAGUGCUACAAAUUUAUCUUUGAAUGAAAGUAGUGCUCUUAUUGCAGAAAGUACUUGUGAUUCGGGUGAUUUAACACCGGCAAUGGAUAUUUUUUCAGCAGGAUGUGCUCUCUUGGAGUUAUGGAACGAACUCCAUUUUCCUUUUGACUAUUCCCAAUUACUUGCUUACCGUGCAGGCAAAUACUCUCCUCAAAAGCAUCUCGAUAAAUUAGAAGAUCCAAAUUUACGUGAUCUAAUUUCUAGUAUGAUUGAAAAGGAUCCAUUAAAAAGGCUUUCUGCCGAAGAUUACCUGGAUCAGCACAGGGGAAAACUAUUUCCAGAAUAUUUCUAUUCGUUUUUACAGUCUUAUAUGCUGAUAUUCUCCACCAAUCCCAUUCUGUCACCGGACGAGAAAAUUGCCAGGCUUAAAGGAGAUAUAGCAAACAUUUUUAAAUUUUUAGGGCCUGUUACAAUAACCUCAAACGAAGAUGAAGAACAAGAGUUAGAGUGUGAAGAAAAAAAGGACACAGAAAAAUACCAAGAGAGAGGCGAAUGUGAGGGUCUAGUUCUUAUAAUCUCUCUGGUUAGUUCUUGCAUUCGAGGACUCUAUGAGUGCUCUUCAAAACUUUACAGUCUUGAGAUUUUGCUUGAACUAGCACAUCAUGCCAGUGACGAAACGGUUUUGGAUAGAAUUUUACCCUACAUAAUGUAUCUGGCCCAUGAUAACAAUUCCAGAGUAAAAAUAUCGGCUGUGAAUACUAUCACUAAAUGUCUGGAUUUAGUUCAGAAACUACCUAGAUCAGAUGCUAAUAUAUUUCCUGAGUAUAUUUUACCUGAGUUGGCGCAGUUGGCUACCGAUCCUAAUGUUUGUGUGAGGGCAGCUUAUGCUAAAAAUAUUAACAGUCUGGCAGAAAUAGCCUUACGCUACUUAGAUCAAAUUCAGAACAUCUGGUAUGGCGACGACAAUACAGAAAAACCUGAUGACGAGCACACAUUUAACUAUGAGCUUGAACUACAAGCAUUGCACGAAAUGGUACAACAAACUGUCAGUGCCUUGCUUGCCGACAUGAACAAUAUCGUCAAGCAAGCGUUAAUAAACAGUGGAAUCCAUAAAUUGUGUGUAUUUUUCGGAAAGGCCAAAGCUAACGACGUUAUUUUGUCACAUAUGAUAACAUUUCUAAAUGACAAAGAGGUCCAGUUGAGAAAGUCGUUCUUUGACAACAUUGUAGGGGUCGCUUCGUAUAUUGGAUGGCAUUGUUCAGACAUUUUAAAACCUUUAUUGCUUCAGGGUUUAACAGAUAAUUCCGAGUUUGUCACAAGAAAAGCAAUAAUAGCCAUGACAUCUUUGACUGAAUAUAACCUAGUCAGCAAACAAUCUCUAUGCGAACUGGUUGCUGAGUGUUCUCAUUUCCUGGUUCAUCCAAAUUUAUGGAUUAGAGAAGCAGUGUGUGGAUUUAUAGCAAAAGCAUCCGAAAAACUGUCGGUUUUAGAUGUUCAAUGUAAGGUGAUGCCUUAUUUGGCGGGCUACAUGAAGUAUAGUCUCAUACAAAUUGAAAAGCCUGAACUUUUGUUAGAAUCGCUUGUACCGCCUAUCCCAAGAAGUGUGUUUGAUAAUGUAGUUAACUAUCCCGAUAUAUCGCAGUUAACUGAGAUACUAAGUGAAAGAAAACGUAUAAGGGAUGCUUUGAAAGCAGGGAAAAUACCUAACUAUGAAUACUACAGAGACUUAAGUUCUAGUCUGAAAAACUUAUUUAGAAGACUUGAAGCGAAUGGCAUGACGGAAAGCAUCGAAGAAUAUUUAUUAAAUAUGGCGCCAGAAUUAAAGAAAAUCCAUAUGCAAAAAAUUAAUUCUGAUGCAAGUGCCAAAGUGUUUGAUGGAAGAAAUGAGCUCAGUAUCCUGAAUACCGGCAUUAGAAACAGGGUGUUUCAUUUUAAUAAUCCCCAUAAGAGUGAAUAUUUAAGAGGCCUGCAUAGAACCAACACUCUAGGAUCCAUCGACACCAACGUGAAUUCCGAUUGGAACUACAGUGCCGAAGUAUUGAACAGACAGUCAGAAUCAACCAAUAGCGGAGCUCCAUCGUCACACUCAACCAAUAGCAGGCCUACAUCCCCUCCGCCUGAUCUUCACGUCACGCAGUUCAUCAGCACUACCACUGACGCUUCCAGCUUACAUGAGAAGAGUUACAUUCAAUAUCGACAGUCAACGUGUUAUGUUGAGUUGAACAAACUGAAGAAUAUACAGCAAGAUCAUUAUUACGAAGCUCUGAGAAGCAAAGAAUGGGCCGAACAGGCAGCUUGGAAACCUCAACUACCACCCCCUGGAUGGCAUCCUAGGGGUGUCCUAGUCGCUCAUUUACACGAACACAAAGAAGCUGUUAAUAAGUUAUGCAAAUUUCCAGAUUCUCCAUUUUUUGCCAGUUGUUCUAGUGAUGGCACUGUCAGAUUGUGGGAUUGUUCAAAGUUUGAAGGCAAAAACAUAGCAAACAGGUCAAAACAGCAGUUUAGAUUACCGAAUAGUUCCUGCGUCACGAGUAUAGCUGUGUGCGAUGGAGGUCAGUCUUUGACAACUAGCUGUCAAAGUGGCUGGAUUGGAGUUCUCAGAGUUGAUCCCGCUAGUACCAAAAUGAAUCUGGUUCAAUCCAGACAGUUAGAUUCCUAUGAAGAAGGUUUUGCUGUUGAAAUGCAGUGCUUGGAUCAAGGCAAUCACAGUGUUGUAGUGUACGCAACGCUUUAUGGAGAUUUAGUGGCUUGGGAUCUUAGGCAACCAGGGGUAGCUUGGCGUCUGGAGAACGGUCUCAGACAAGGUGUUAUAACGACGUUUUGUAUUGACGCUCAUCAGAGUUGGCUGGCGCUGGGUACUAGCGAUGGGGUGCACACUGCUUGGGAUCUGAGGUUCAGAUUACCUAUCACAACUAUAAACCUACCUGCCAGUGGGCAAGGUGCUAGAAUAAGAAAAGUAAUCCCGCAUCCGACUGAGCAUUCGUGGUUGAUGUCUAGCGUUCAAGGUAACAACGAAAUAUCGAUGUGGAACCUUGAAACCGGCUCAAGGCAGAAAGUUCUAUGGGGUAGUACCACUCCUCCAUUAUCAAAAUUACAGCACGGAACCCAACAGACUACUCAUAGCGUCUGCGCAAUGCUGGGAGGAUGUAUUGACAGAUCACCUUUCCUGCUUUCUGGUGGCACAGAUCAAAGAUUGAGAUUCUGGAAUCUAGAGAGUCCAACCGAAAGUUAUUUGGCUAUUCCCGCAGCCAUUGAUGCUCCUGGAACUACCUUGACCUACCGUAGCAGGCUUAUUGAUGGGACUGAUGUGAUUUACGAAGAAGCCUCUAACACAAGACCAAAAGACAAAACCGAAGAGGUUCCAAGAGCCGGACCUGAACCCCCUUCAGCGGGCCACAGAGACUGUAUUUCAGACAUAACUAUGUGCAAAGCCAGUCAGUGCUUUGUCAUUACGUCGUCACGGGAUGGGGUCAUAAAAGUUUGGAAAUAAGAAUAACAACGAAAAAGUAAAUAUUUUGCCAGUAGUUUAAAUGUACCGCUAGACAUGAUGCGUUUGAUCAAGUUUUUUGAGCAUGUAUAAUAGCUUAAAAUGUAAGGCGUUUUAUUAUUACAAUAUUAAAAGAGUUACGUCUACAGUGUGCUCAAGAAGUUUGGACACAAAUAUGAAAACAUAUUUAAACAUCUUGAAAUUUUUGAUAAAUCUCUGCAUCUUAGCCAAAUCUGUUCCAAAAUAAAAGUUACUGUUAAAAAGUUACUUCAAAAAAAAAGAUGUUCAGGUUAAAAGGUAGAUAUAUUUAAAACCAGCUACUAUAAAAAAUAUUUUUAUUUACAACCACAUACAAGUAUGAAUGUUGACAUUACUGACUUAAAAAUUUUGAAAGUGUCAUUAUCUACUGCUCUACUCUUCCAUUUACCUCACUCGUCUUCUACUCAAUUGUCUUUUUUCUGCUUUUUUGCAGCUUUAAAGUUUUGAUGUUGUACCAGUGUUAAAAUAAUCUUCGUUAUCAUCUCUUUCUAAUAACAUUUUAGCUAGUUCUUUAUAUAUUACUGGUUUUGAAGGUCAAUACGUAAAAAAUACUUGCUAACUUUGAAAUAAGUACCGUAAGAUCGAAAAAACAGCGUCAAAUUGGCUUGGAAAGAUAGAUAUAAUUUUACAUAUAGAAUGACAAUGAUAUUCAUUUCUAAGCCAACUCUGACGUCUUUUUUUUCGAUAUGAGUAUUUAUCAACCAUUUCGGCAUUAAAAUAUAAAAUGCAAUAAUAAUUCCGGAAUUAAAUAUAUCUAAGAGAACAUACCUUUUUUUUUAUGGAUGUAAGAAUAAAAUCGAAAAUAGAUAUUUUUUUAAAGUAGUUCAAAUGUAUCAUUGGACGCGGGCGUUUAUUGAACAGAUAUAAUAAUAAUUUGAAGUAUUUAAUCAUAUUAUAUAAGUAUAUUUAGGAUAUAAUUAGCGUUUUUCAAAAUAUACAAAUUUAUUUUUUAGUUUUAAUUCAUUUUCAUUUCAUUUAAUCAGUUUUAUUGAUUAAACCUAGGCAUGUAUUUUUUUAUUCAAUAUUUUUAUUUUUUAUAUUCCUCUACCAUAUAAAUAAAUUAAGCAUGAAAUUAUUCUAGACAUACUUUGUAUAGUUAGGAGAACAAACUUUUAUAAAUGAUAUUGUAAAUAGUUAUUGUGAUAUUAUUAUUAGGUAAUAAAAUGA